ACAGCUAUUAAUAGACACUGAAAAGUAAACAAACAAGACAUGUGCCAGGAAGUUAAAAAAUCGUUUAGUGACUACUAUGGCAAAUUAUUUGGGAAUCUUUUAUUUGUUGUCAUUAUCUUAUAAUUAUGAAGUGCUUGCACAAAAAUAUUUAACAGUUAAUGGAACAAACUUUAUGUUAAAUGGCGAAAAGGUGUUUUUGUCUGGGGUGAAUCAAGCCUGGUAUAGAUAUGGGGGCGACUUCGGAAACAAAAGUUAUGUAAAUUCCAAACCACAUCUUGUGCGCACUUUCGAUGCUCUGAAAGCUAAUGGAGGAAACUCGAUCAGAAUGUGGGUUCAUACGUCCGGCGGAAACACCCCGGCAUUCAACUCCACUGGUCACGUGACAGGACCGGGACCAAACACGACACGUGACUUACUUGACUAUGUCCGGGAAGCGCAGAGCAGAAAUAUUCUGGUGACGUUCUCGCUCUGGAACGCUGUAGACCUUAAAGCAGGGUUACCGAUCGAUGGGUUAUUGCAAGACGAAUCUAUCCUACAAUCAUACAUUACAAACGCACUGAUUCCCAUUGUUCGAGCACUGAAACAGCAAAGGGAAAUGGCUAUAUGGGAAAUAAUGAACGAGCCGGAGGGUUCCAUGUUGAUGGAAACUGAGGACAAGACAGAACCUUGUUACGACACAUCUACAAUACACCUCUGGGACUUUGCAGACUGGACAAGGCAGAGUAUACCUCUGAAAAAUUUCCUCAGAUUCAUUGGGCUACAGGCUAGCGCAAUCCAUCGCGAGGACCCAAAGUCGUUGGUUACCGUCGGAUCUUGGACAUACAAAUCAAUUACAAACGCAUUAGACCGGCGAAAUUUCUACUCGGAUUACUGUCUACAGCGGGCAAGCGAUGGUGAACCGGGAGCACGUCUUGACCUCUACCAGAUACAUACAUACGAUACAUUCUACAUAUAUCUCCCACAUGACCCCUUCAUGGUAGAUGCUAGCGUUUAUAAACUGGACAAACCUAUCAUAAUUGGAGAAUUUAGUCAGAAGAAAGGCGGGUUUUUGACGUCACCAGAACAAUUCACAUGGGCUUAUAACCAUGGUUACAAUGGAGCAUGGUCUUGGAGUGCAAUAGAUUCAGAUGAUGCUGCAGACACUUUGGCCGUCCAGGAGACUGGUUUACGAUCACUGAAAGACAAAAAUGACCAGUCAAAAGGCGGACGUGUAAAUAUAAACCUACAGGAAACGGAAGUGACGAGAUGUUUUCUGUAUAUAUUAUUUGGCUACAUUGCAUGGAUCGCAGAUAUCAUAUUUGUCCUUUGACAUUUAUAAUAAAAACUAGUACUUUGUAGUGUAUUAAAUUAAGAAGUUUUAUUAUGAAUAAGUUUGCACGAACUUUUUUCUAUCACACACAUGAUCGAAUGAACAUUUUGUGAUACUUCAUAUAGUAUUACUGUAUCAUGAAUUAAAUUCCCGUUAGAAUGUGUGUUUUUUUUUGCAGUCCAAAAAACGUAAUUGUAUGAAUUUGACCUUUUGUCAAAUUAUGACAAAAUGUCCGGAUUCAUUUUUGCAAAUGCGACACUAAACCAUGACCAAAAGUAAACACGGACUUGGCUGCUGUUAUUUUUGCGGCGCAUCAUUUGGUUUCAUCAACUUUUUUUCAGAAUGAAUCUUAAUGCUUUAUAAUCCUUUUUAACACAAAUUUACACCCUUCUUUGCUCAUCGUGCCUUUUUGUACUUGUAGGAAUUCCUGUUUUCUGUAAAAUCGUGUUUUUGUUUUACAAAGUUCUUUACCAGUAUUAAUCUCUGUUGUUUCAACGCUUUGUUGUUGUAUAAUAAAAAUACUUUGACAGCCAAGUGUA